AUGGCUCAGGGAAGCUAUCUCCAGCAACAUCAGGCUCAGGCCAAGGCCCAUCACUUUGAAGCGGCUGCCGCUGCGCGCGCCAUGCACACUGCCAUGACACAGCCCCCGCCCUCUGCCAGCUCGCACAUCCCACACAGCCUGAAUAGCUCGCACAUCUCGCAUAUCUCUCACAGCCCGAAGAUCCCGUUCCAUCAUGUGAUUUCUCUUCAGCUCACCUGCUCACCCAUGGCUCGACCCGAUCCUAGGAGCAGGCCUGGCAGUAGCCACUCGGGACCGAGUCCUGAUAUGGCUGGCCUUUCCCAUGAAGCCGUCCUGGCCGCGCACACAUCGAAGCGUCCCACCAGCGCUGCCGCCAUGCGAAGGCAACACAAUCGGCCCUACUCAGCCCGCCGUUCCACAGACCAGUCGCAACUUGCCAAUACCCGCCGCGUGGUGUCAGCUCGCCCUCAACUGAGCACCACAACCGACAAGCACGCCACUGUCUCCCGCGAACAUCCCAUGCGAACAACCACGACCCUGCAAGAUGAACAGCCUCAUGCUGAUGAUUUGGCAGAUCUUGAUCGGUUCGAAGCCAUGCAUGUAGCCCCUCAAACACCCCCGCCCCGUCGCACGCAAUCUGCAACCAGCCCCGCCAACGUCAAAGCUGGCCAGGCACGCUACUCUGAGCUCGUCUCCCAUCUUCGAUCCCCUCACAGCCAAUGUCCACCCUCUGUGCCCAGCCAAUAUCCACCUUCUGUGCCCCCUCUUCCAUGCUUGAUCCACAACCUCCUUGCUUCUCACCUGCCCUGUCUUUCUUCCUCACUCUCCCUCUUCCUGGCCCAGAAACAACAGGCAGAAGAGCUUCGCACCACCAGUGGACCUGCCAAUCGGCGAGCCAGGCCAAUCUCAGCUCUACACGCCCACAAAUCCUCGCGCCCAGAGUCCAACACCUCCAAUCUGCGUCGCGCUGGUGCCACACCUGAAUCUGACAACCCGCACAGCCCUGGACCAUCACACUACCAUAGCGCCGACGCCCGCGCCCCCUUGCAACCAACAGGGCAGUCACCAACCGAGCACCCCACGAGCAGCCACGUUCAAGCCAAUGACCAUCGGCUGCCCGCACACCCCAAUUCAGGAGAUGCUCGAUCUCACGCCCACCUUCAUCGACAAUCUCUCUCCAGACCCAUACGUGACACGAACAGUGCCGGCUCCCACCGCCGUCCCCAUGCUAGUCAGCAUGCAUCGCCCGAUUGGGAGGAUUUUGAUUUGGUUUUUGGUCCAGAAGACCGUAUCUACCACCACAACGAUCCACGCCGGCACGGAGAUCACGGAACCGAAAUGGACACCCCCAGCGAUGCCGAUGAAGAACCUCGGUCCGAGCCCGAAGCAACCCCACCCGUCGCUAGCGGCCCCGGCACCCUGCCAAAACCCAGCCCGCUUCAACAGCAAAGCCUGUCGAGCGCUCCGCCUGCCGACGGCAACACCAACAACUUCAUGUCCAAAGCACAACCUGCCGUCGAGCCUCCCACCGCCGCCACCAUCGAACCGCUCUUCCCCCCUCCCGCCGCCACGCCAAACGACGCCGAGGACACAGUCGUGGUCCACUUUGGCAAAGGCUAUGGGACUGCAGCUCGUGCCCCAGCCCCAACCCACCGAGCGUCCAUCCCUGCUCCGCACACCCAAACGAAAAAGCCAAUUGCCCGCCCCGGGCGCGCCAGCCUCACCGUGCCCGCCGCUCACGAUUCCAGGGAAGUUUCUGCCCUUGCAUCUACCCACUUCACCGUCAACAUGGCCCCUGCCUUUGGCUCCCCUUCCCCAGUUGCAUCCGCCGACUCACCCUCCCCUAGUGCGCAACGCCGUGGCUCGACUUCAUCGGCCAUGGCAUACCACACACGACUCGCCGAGGUCUUACCCAAGGGUCGACGAUCAUUGCCAGGCCCCGCCACUGCCUCAGGCCGCCGUCUCUCUGUCCUCAUCAACGCUACACUAGAGGCCAGCGAACAAGCCGAGCGUCGCCAAUCACAAAAGGCCAACGCCACCGUCCUGGCUGCUGCCAGGGCCGCCGCCAGGGCUGCGGCCGCUCCGGGUGCAGUCGACUCACCGGCAGAAGAUGCCGCAGGGCGCCCGCAACCGGAUCACGAGAGCAGGAAUGAGGAGCAAGACUUGAGCAACGGGGACGCUGUUAAAAUGGAACGCGGUGGUGAUCCCAAUCAUUCCGAGGAUAGCGAUGCCGAGUACGAGGAUGAGCCCGAUGAAGAACCAGACGACACAGCGUCCCGGGACAGCUCGCAAGCACCCCGUGUGUCUGUUCAGAUUCGGCGCGAUGGUGUCGACGACGAGGUUUUGCCUGCCUUGACGCGGCUCGAGUCCACGACCGCCAUGCAGCGAUUGCGACAAGUUGUGGCGGCGUCACUCAGCAGCGACUCGGAACAUCCCGAUGAUGACAUGACGGCACCCAGUGCCCGUCGUAACAACGGCCGUUCCCCCUUCCACCCCGCCUUGCGCUCCCCCAGCCCCAUGCAGGGCACCGAUGAGGACCGGCAGGAUGAUGACGAGGUCGUAGUCGCCGCUGCUCUCAAGCGCUUGGCCACCAAACGCAGUGAAAUGCAGCACCACGCCAUUGAACGCUUUCGCCGCUCCACAAGCACCUUGGACGUGCCUACCGGUGUCAGUUUGCUGGAGCAGGAGGAACGCAAUGGGGCCACACUCAGUCCCGAGCCUGGAGCCGGAACCUCACGGCACGGUAUCACCCCACCGCGCCAAGCUGCCGUCAACGCCUCACCCCCGGGCCCAGGAGCCGGCUCACCGGAGCACGGGAUGGCACCGCUUCCGCGCCGCCCUACACCCAGUGCCACGACACAUUUUUUUGCCCGCCAUAUGCCGCAAAUUGAAGAGCAGGACGCUUCGGACUCGGGCUCUGCAGCUGUGAGUGCGGGCGAGGUCGAGCCAGUGCAAGGCCCACGAGCAAGCAGCGCCGUGCGCCGCAAUCGGCGAGCCGUGGCCACCAGCAUGUCCACGGCCCCGGGCGUACAGGCGUCGUUGCAUCUGGACCGCCUCGUACCCUUGGCGCCACCCAAUGGACCAGAUCACUUGCAGGAUUCGGCCGCAGAAAUACAGAACCCGCAUGCGCGCCGUCACCUCGAGUCAGCCGUCCAGCAGGUCUUGAACCAGCAAGGGGCUGGGCAACUCGACUCUUCGACACAGGAAGGUUUGGUCAACUCCAUUCUACGCGCCUUUGAUGCAGCGCAGGCGCCAACAGGCCUGUCCCAGAGAAGCCUGGAGCUGCACGCGCAAUCCUCCCCCACUGCCGGGGCACCAUCCCGAACCGUCAAGUAUAGUGGACCGCGUGCCAUCAAUGGCGAUGCACGUCUCAAUGGAUCAGAUGGGCACUCGGAUGCUGAGCGUCGCUCGGCGCAGGACCUCAAUCGUUCGUUGAUGAGCGAUGAAUCAGCCACGACACGCAGUUACACGAGUGGCAUCGCUUCGACUGCCGAAAUGCAACGCCAUCAUGAGCACAAACACCACCAACAACAGCAGCAUCAAUACCACCAACAGCAGCACCACCAGCAGCAACAAUAUCAACACCACCAGCAACAACAACACCAGCAACAACAUCAACACCACCAGCAACAACAACAACAACAACAACAACAACUCCAGCAGCAGCAGCAGCAGCAACAACAGCAAUCAGACCCCUUUCAAGCAUCAUCGCCCCGACUCGCGCCAGGAUCGGCCACACCCAACAACGAGGGCCGAGUGCGGCCAACUGCCGUAGAGUUUACCGUUGCACUUUCCGAUACCCUGCCCCGUGAGCGCCAGGCCGAGGAUGCAGCCAAACGACGCGAGAGGCUUUUGGCCGUGCAGCGCAAUCGGUUAGCAGCCCAGCGACGGGCGCGUUCGGGCGAAGAGAACACAGUCUCAUCUCAUACCACAACGGCUCGCAACGGCAGUCACGAGCAGGACAACAGCAGCAGCAACAACAACAAAAACGACAGCAGCAGCAGAUACCACCACCAGCGCCAUCAUGUCGCUCAAGAUGAUUCAUCCGACCUGUACCAUGGCUCAGUGCACGAUGAAGCAACGCCGUCGUGGGCACAGCAGCGGCACGGUGGGACUGUGUCGGUGCGUUAUCCGGCUUCAACUGCAGAUGAUGAAGGCCCUUCCAUGCACAGCACGUCGAGAACCCAGUACCGCGAUGCAUCAAGCCCUACCAUGCGGGGCCGUACGCGCCGCUCCGAUCGCUCACGGCAUGGCUCCAACGCUCCAUCGGGCCGGAGCACGGCCCAACCCGAGGGUGUGCCGCUCCCGGCGGUGACGCUCCGAGACAACCGGGGGAUUUGCCGCAACGCCAUCAAGAGCCCAGCUUGCCUCGGUGGGGGGGCCAUAAAUGCGGACCGACGGGGAAAGGCUCUGGCCGCCGUGGAAGCAUCCUCGCUGGCUCACUUUGUCGUGGUUCUGCGCGACCCCAAUAACCUCAAGUUCCGUGCCAUAUAUGGCUUAGCACCGGAGCGUCCCACGGUCCUUCAAAAGGUGUUUGGAGCCGGGCCCAAGGUGAUCCCUGCGGACAUGGUCGCCCAGCUUUUCCGCUAUGACAGCGGUGCCAAGGAGUUUAAGCCCCUUCCAUCUCGGGACUUGAGUGUCUGCGAUGGCGUGGCGGUCAGCGUGCUGCGGCGCGUCGCCACCGGCAUCAUGGAUCAAGCCUCUCUGACUGAGUUUGAGCGAAUCUGCCAUGUCUUUUAUGAAGGCACAACAGAUGCUCAAGAGCGGCAGCAGGCACAGCAGAUUCUCAUGAGCUUUGAUGAGCGGCCCAACGCCCUUGAACAAGCUAGGACCAUCCUGGAACAAUCAAGCCAGUCCUAUGCCCAGUUUAUCGCAGCGUCGGCCAUCACGGCCAGUGUCACUAAAACCAUGUCGCCCCUCACUCCGGCCGACCGCCUGCAGCUGCGAAGUUUUCUCUACGAAUAUCUUCUCACCAAACCUUCGGUGGACCAGUUUAUCAUUACCGAGGUCACCAAAUGCAUAGCCCGCCUCACCAAAGUCAGCUGGUGUGACGCCGACGAAGCUGGCAACUUUGAAGCGCGCACCAUUCUCGAAGACACUGCACGCUUCUUUGACCGUGGCGAUGUCUACAUGACCAUUGGCGUCAUGAUCCUCAACGCCAACGUCUGCGAAAUGUCCCAGAGCGACAGCGUUCGUGGCAUGACCAAGCAUCGCAAGAUCUCCGCCUCUUUUCGCGACGAGGUCUUGUUUCCCAUUUUCCAACAGUCGCUCAACAUGAUUGAUGCCGUCACCGCCAAGAAGGUCAACGUGGCUGAUCCAGGCCGGCUCCUGAACUGGAUUUUGCAGCUCACGAAAAAUUGCCUCAGCUUUGACUUUAUUGGCACGGCCGGCGACGACUCAACCGACGACCUCCGAACUGUCCAAGCGCCUACCGCUUGGCGCAGUACCAUCACCCAAGAAACCCUCCUGCCUGUCCUCUUUCAGUUGUACAUGAAUCUGGAGGCCCCUCUCUCCACGCAUGCUUUGGGCAUUUUGGUUCAGAUGGCCUCCAUUCGUCGUACCAUCUUCAACCAGGAACAGCGGGCCACGCAUUUGGAUCAGCUGCUACAGGGCAUCUGCCAAAUCUUUCAAACUCAGCAAGGAUUCAAAGAUCCUGGAAAUUACCACGAGUUUUGUCGAUUGCUUGCGCGUCUCAAGACAAACUUUCAGCUGGCUGAGCUCAUUGCCUCCAAGUACUAUGAAGAAAUUGUCACCGGCAUGGCCAACUUUACCAUCGUAUCCCUGACCAACUGGCAAUACGCACCAAACAGCCUGCACUACGUCUUGGGCUUGUGGGACCGCAUGAUUCACGGCAUUCCCUACUUGAAACCGGACCACACGCACCAACACAACCUACACGUCUUUGCGCCUCGCAUCCUUGAUGCAUUCAUCCAGUCACGCAUGUCUGCCGUUGAGCUUGUUUUGCAAAAUCAAAUGGAUGAUCCGCUCGAAGAUCAACCGCUGCUCGAGACACAGUUGAAGCAGGCGGCGGUCAUUGCCCGCUGCGAGUAUGCAGAGGGCUGUCGUAUGCUGGUCGAGCGAUUCGACGCCGUUGGGACCACGUACAUGCAGAAUCUCACCGCAUCUGGCCCAUCUGCUCCAGCCACCCGGUUGGCUGAAGGACAAAUGACGUGGCUCGUGUACAUUAUCGGGGCGGUCCUGGGCGCACGGAGUGUUAGCGUGCUCCACGACGAUCAGGAUCAGUUUGACGGCGAGCUCAUCUGUCGCUGCCUCAAGCUGCUGAAUGCGCUGCAGGAGCAGACUCAAGCUCGCAACGCCCCCGUGAGCGAGCAAAUCGAUAUCGCCAUGAUCAACUUUUUCCAGCAGCUGCGCAUCAACUACAUUGGCGAGCACAUGAACCGCUCUGUGCGCAUGCAGGCUUGCUUGGAGCAGCAGCUGGGCCUGGGCGACGAAACCGCUCUGCUCAAUUUGAUCAUCGAGAAGAUCAUCUCCAACCUCCGAGUCUGGGUGGAUGGGGACCGCAUUCUCGAGCAGACUCUAAAGUUGUUUAGCGACUUCUGCUUGUCAUUCAAUGUCGUGCGCAAGCUUGUCAAGCUGCAAUCGGUGCAGUUUAUCUUGGCCAACCAUACCCCAAGCAACUUUCCUUUUCUCGUGCACGCCUUGGGACGAAUCAUGACCCAUGAAUUCUCCGAGGAAGAUCAGCGAUUCGAGCAGUUUAUGGCUCCUUUGGCAGCUGUGGGCCAACAGAUUGCACAACAGCUGCAGAUGAAUGGCAGCCCUCGCAACAUGGAACUGCGUGCGCUAGCAUUGGGUUUUGUUCGCGAUCUGCGUGGCUUGGUGUUUGCCUGCACCACGCGCUCUGCGUACAUGAUGCUCUUUGAAUGGAUUUAUCCUGAUUAUCUCCAGCUGCUGGUCAAAUGUGCGGGCUUGUUUGCUCUCGACUCGGAUGUCGCCAAUCCCAUUCUCAAGUGCAUGUGUGAGCUUGUGCACAACCGCAACUCCCGACUGCAAUUUGGCAUUUCUAGUCCCAAUGGCAUUUUGCUCUUCCGCGAGACCAGGCGAGUGGCUUGUCCAACUGCCCCUGGCUACUGUGUCUUGGGCAACAUGCUCCAAGCCUAUGGUGAGCAAUUGCUGCAAACCAGCGUGCCGGCCAAUGGCGAUGUGUACCGUGAAAAGUACAAGGGCAUUGCGGUUUGCUUCAACAUUCUGCGCUGGGCCUUGACGGGUGACUACGUUAACUUUGGCGUUUUCUCGCUCUAUGGUGAUGCGGCACUUGACCGAGCCUUGGGCAUCUUCUUCAAGAUGUUGGCAGCCAUCCCCUUGGAAGAUUUGAACAGCUACCCCAAGCUUUCCAAGGGGUAUUACAGCCUGCUCCAGGCCGUGGCCAAGGACCACACGCACUGCUUUGCCCAGCUACCCGCCGAUCUCUUUAGCUACGUGAUUGCGACGGUGGCAGACGGCAUCCAGUCGGUGACCACGACCAUCUCCACCCACUGCUGCACCACCCUGGACUUCCUCAUCACCUUUGUUGUGACACGACGGGCACGUUCAAAACCCGACAUGGAGGCAAGCGUCAUUGGCAACUUGCUUGAGCAAUGCAACGACAAAUUGGGCGAGAUGCUAUAUGACAUGUUUGCGAGCGUCAUGUUUGAGGAAUGCCGCAACCAGUGGAGUCUCUCCCGACCCAUGCUGGGCCAUUUUGAAGCCGUCAAGAUGCGUCUGGCACAGAACCUGGCUGGCCAGAAACAACAAGUGGUUUCAGAAGCUUUCGAGGGUCUUAUGGCCAAGAUUGAGCCGAAUCUGAGCAUGAAGAACCGCGACCGCUUCACUGCCAACCUGGCCACCUUUCGUCGUCAGGCAACCAUGAUUAGCGGCGGCAACGGCCCAAGCCAAAAUGGCACUAAUUACGCCUCGAGCCACAACCCGGAUGUUAUGGUUUCAUGA